AUGACGAAUUCGCGCUACAAUGGCGCCUUGUUUGAUGAUGGUGAUGAUUCGUUACCAUCAGGAUCAGUUACAAGGAAGUCAUCUCCGCAGAUGAGAAAAACAACGUCACCUAGGGAAUCGAGGGAACCUUUGAAGGAUCGCCUAUUGAUACUUCCAUCGAUGGGGGAAUCAUAUACUGCAUAUGUGGACUCUUACUUGAACUUGGAGUUAUUGGAAAGAGGAGAAAGAGAAACACCAAUUUUUCUCGAGUCAUUGACAAGGCAAUUAACCCAACAAAUAUACGAAUUAAUAAAGACAAAAUCCUUAACAGCGGACACUUUGCAGCAGAUUAGUGAUAAAUACGAUGGUGUAGUGGCAGAAAAUAAGCUUUUGUUUUUGCAAAGACAAUAUUAUGUCGAUAAUGAAGGAAACGUCAGAGAUGGACGAAAUAACGAUAAAAUUUAUUGUGAACCAAAACAUAUCUAUGACAUGGUAAUGGCAACGCAUUUGAUGAAUAAGCAUCUUAGAGGUAAAACGUUACAUUCCUUUUUGUUUUCUCAUUUUGCAAAUACAAGUCAUGCCAUCAUUGAUUGGGUCCAGCAAUUUUGUUCAAAAUGUAAUAAAAAGGGAAAAAUCAAGCCCUUGAAGGAAUAUAAACGUCCUGACAUGUAUGAUAAAUUACUACCAAUGGAGAGAAUCCACAUUGAGGUAUUCGAACCCUUCACCGGAGGAGCAAUUGAAGGAAAGUAUCCUUAUGUUUUAUUGUGCAGAGACUAUCGUUCAAGUUUCAUGUGGUUAUUGCCAUUAAAGAGUACUAAAUUCAAGCAUCUAAUCCCUGUAAUCUCUUCACUUUUCUUAUCAUUUGCCAGAGUUCCAAUUUUUGUAACAUCAAGCACUUUAGAUAAAGAUGAUCUUUACGAUAUAUGUGAAGAGAUUGCAUCAAAAUAUGGUCUUUGUAUAGGCUUAGGCUUAAAAAGUUCAGCAAGAUUUCAUACAGGCGGCAUACUGUGUAUUCAGUAUGCCUUGAAUAGCUAUAAAGAAGAAUGUUUAGCUGACUGGGGUAAAUGCUUAAGAUAUGGCCCUUACAGGUUCAACAGAAGAAGGAACAAGAGAACGAAGCGUAAACCUGCGCAAGUACUACUUAGUGAAGUUCCUGGACACAAUGCAAAGUUCGAGACUAAGAGGGAAAGGGUCAUAGAGAACACGUAUUCCCGCAAUAUGUUCAAGAUGGCAGGUGGUAAAGGUCUUAUAUAUCUGGAAGAUGUUAACACUUUUGCGUUGGCUAACGAAGCGGAGAACAACGGCAAUAACAACAGAAACCAUCCUGACAAUAAUUUUGGAAAUGAUGACUUUGAAGAAGAGGUACAGAAGCAGUUCGAUCUAACCGAACAGAAUUAUAUCGACGAAUACGACGACCUGGCGCAUGAUUCGUCAGAAGGUGAAUUUGAACCUAACACCUUGACUCCAGAGGAAAAGGCUUCCCAUAUUGUUGAGGAGAAGCGAAUAGGAUCAACCAGCGAGACGACGGAUCUUGAUGGAAAUACGAAGCAAGAAGUGGAUGAGCCUGAAGAAGUUAAUCAUAAUAUUGAGGAAACUGAUGGUACACGGCAAGCGGACCCACAAGUGGAUCAAAGCGUAGAAAUAACAAGACCGGACACAUCCUACUACCAAACUGCAGCGUCACCUUCAAUAAAAAGACAAAAAUUAAAUCAACAGCGUCAUGGAGACGUAACAAGGGAUUUUGGUGCGUCAAUGGAACUGUAA